AGAGAGGGGAGCUUCCAGAGCCGGCUGCGCUCCCCCCGUCCUUCCUCAUGCUAGAUACGUUCAGACCCGUCCCUUUCGCGUCGGAAAUGGCGAUUAGUAAAUCGGUGGCGUGGCUGAACGAGCAGCUGGAGAUGGGCAACGAGAGGCUGCUGCUGAUGGACUGUCGACCCCAGGAGUUGUACGAGUCGUCCCACAUCGAAUCGGCCAUCAACGUGGCCAUCCCCGGCAUCAUGCUGCGGAGGCUGCAGAAGGGCAACCUGCCCCUCCGUUCCCUCGUCUCCAGCAGCGAGGAGGACCGGGAACGCUUCGCCCGCCGCUGCGGCACCGAUACGGUGGUGCUGUACGAUGAGCACAGCCGCGACUGGAACGAGAACACGGGCGGAGAGUCGGUGCUGGGACUGCUCCUCAAGCGCCUCAAAGAUGAAGGCUGUAAGGCGUUUUAUCUGGAAGGUGGUUUCAGCAAGUUCCAGGCCGAGUUCGCUCUGCACUGCGAAACCAACCUAGACAGUUCAUGUAGCAGCAGCUCUCCUCCUCUGCCAGUCCUGGGCUUGGGAGGCCUCCGCAUCAGCUCCGAUUCCUCCUCAGACAUUGAAUCUGACAUUGACAGAGACCCCAACAGUGCCACCGACUCGGAUGGCAGCCCCCUCUCCAACAACCAGCCUUCCUUCCCGGUGGAGAUUUUACCCUACCUCUACUUAGGCUGUGCCAAGGACUCCACUAACCUGGACGUUUUAGAAGAGUUUGGCAUUAAAUACAUCUUGAAUGUCACCCCCAACCUGCCCAACCUCUUUGAAAACGCCGGAGAAUUCAAGUACAAGCAGAUCCCAAUCUCUGACCACUGGAGCCAAAAUCUGUCCCAGUUCUUUCCUGAGGCCAUCUCCUUUAUAGAUGAAGCCCGGGGGAAGAACUGCGGCGUCCUGGUGCACUGCUUGGCGGGGAUCAGCCGCUCGGUGACGGUGACGGUGGCCUACCUCAUGCAGAAGCUCAACCUGUCCAUGAACGACGCCUACGACAUCGUCAAGAUGAAGAAGUCCAACAUUUCGCCCAACUUCAACUUCAUGGGGCAGCUGCUGGACUUCGAGCGGACUCUGGGGCUCAGCAGCCCUUGUGACAACCGAGUGCCCAACCAGCAGCUCUACUUCACCACCCCUUCCAACCAGAAUGUCUUCCAGGUGGAUUCCCUGCAGUCCACGUGAGCUCCCACCGCCUCCCUUCUCCUAUCCCACCUCGACGGGGAUCGCUCCUUAGCGGUUUUUCCCUCUUGGGCAGUGAUCAAGGCAAAAACCGCAGCUUUCACUUUUUCUGCUAUCCAAAGGCAGCUCUCCGCCAGAGCAGGCUAGGAAAGGUUUACCCAGCGUGGAAU